UAAUAUUGCAUUGAUCAGCUGUGCUACAAUUACAGCUGCCUAAAGCCGUCCAGCACGACAGAGUGAAUAAAUUCAUCUUAGCCACGGAGCUGCAGCUGCUAAAAUGUCUUUACAGGCAGAGUUUGAGAAGAUAGCAGAUGAUGUGAAGAAGGUGAAGACGAGGCCGACGGACCAGGAGCUGCUGGAACUGUACGGCCUUUAUAAACAGGCAGUCGUUGGAGACAUUAACACUGAUAGACCAGGAAUGAUGGAUGUAAAAGGAAAAGCCAAGUGGGACGCCUGGAACUCCAGGAAAGGAACGUCCAAGGAUGAUGCCAUGUCAGCCUACGUUACACUUGGGAAGGAAAUCAUCGGCAAAUAUGGGAUGUAAGAUUUGAAAUAAAUGGAAAUGACACAGUUAAUAGAUAAAAUGACAACAUACUACCAACUAAAUUACUGCAACAGUUGCUGCUGUCUUUAACAAUAACAAGUAGCCUUCUGCUUCCAGAGGCCAUAAUUAUGCAGGAUUAAAUGUAAUUUCACCUUUAUUGUGUGUCUUUCUGCUUUAUAUCUUCUUUUUUUACAUAGAUUUUUCCCAUUAAUUUAUACAACUCUAUGUUCUAUGCACCUUUCAAGGUCAGAAAUAUAAAAUUUGCCAAUUCCUGUUUUAUCUAAUGUAUGAAGUCUUCUUAUUUUAAUCCAAAUGUGCACAGCAGUAGCACUAUUCUAUAUACUUGUGCACUUUGAUAUGUAGCUAAAAACUAAAUGCUGUCAAAUGUGAAUAUAAUCGAUGCUCAUAUUUAGAAAAUAAAAUCUCUUUCUGCACUGUA